CCCGGCGCGCCGGAAGGAAUCCCGAGAGGCAGCUGCGGGGACUCGAGGGAGAGGCUGCGCGCGCUGACAGUGUCCCGGGGUCUCCGCGUUGGUGCCGCCGGCCCCGGCUUCGCCGCCCCGCGCCGCACUCGGGCCGGCCCCGCCGACCCGCCUCUGCCGCCGGCCGGAUGACGGGCGCCUGCGCCCUGCAGACGGUGGACACCGAGCUGACCGCGGACGCGGUGGAGUGGUGCCCGCUGCGAGGCCUCAGGCACCUGCUGGCGUGCGGAACCUACCAGCUGCGGCGCGCGGGCGGGCCGGCCGGCCCCGGGAGCCAGGGUGGAAUGGAAGUUGAGGAGCCUCAGAUCCGUUUAGGUCGUCUCUUCCUGUACAGUUUCAAGGAGAACAACUCUACUCACCCUCUGGUCGAGGUCCAAAGAAAAGAUACUUCUGCAGUCCUGGACAUGAAAUGGUGCCACAUCCCGGUAGCUGGACGUGCCCUCCUGGGCUUGGCCGAUGCGAGUGGAUCCGUACAGCUGCUCCGCCUGGCAGAAUCUGAGAAGAGCGGCCACAUGCUGGAGCCGUUGUCCAGCCUUGCCCUGGAGCAGCAGUGUCUGGCUUUGUCCUUAGAUUGGUCCACUGGGAAAACUGGAAGGACCAGGGACCAGCCCUUGAGGAUCAUCAGCAGCGACUCCAUGGGACAGCUGCACCUGCUGAUGGUGAGUGAGACGGGGUCCAGACUGCAGAAAGUGAGCUCAUGGCAAGCACAUCAGUUCGAGGCCUGGAUUGCUGCUUUCAAUUACUGGCAUACAGAAAUUGUGUAUUCAGGGGGUGACGAUGGCCUCCUGAGGGGCUGGGACACCAGGGCACCUGGCAGAUUUCUCUUCACCAGCAAGAGACACUCCAUGGGUGUGUGCAGUAUCCAGAGCAGCCCUCAUCGGGAGCACGUCCUGGCCACAGGAAGCUAUGACGAGCACAUCCUCCUGUGGGACACACGAAACAUGAAGCAGCCGUUGGCGGACACGCCCGUGCAGGGUGGGGUAUGGAGAAUCAAGUGGCACCCUUUCCACCACCACCUGCUUCUGGCUGCCUGCAUGCACAGUGGCUUUAAGAUCCUCAACUGCCAAAAGGCAAUGGAGGAGAAGCAGGAGGCGACGGUCCUGGCAUCUCACACACUGCCCAACUCACUGGUGUAUGGAGCUGACUGGUCCUGGCUAUGCUUCCAUUCUCUGCAGCUGGUCCCCUCACGGCCCUGUCCUAGCGACCUGGGAACCAAGACAGCAGACCUGAAGGGUGCAAGCGAGUUGCCAGGACCCUGUCGAGAAUGCAUGGAGGAUAACCAUGGGGAGGGCUGUGGAGUGAAGUCACUCACAGAGGACAUGAGGAAGAACGGCACCUGGCUGGAGGCUACAGCAGCCGCCACGUGUGACUGUGGCCAGAGCCCAGAAGCAGCAGACUCAGCCUUCAGCCUCCUGGCCACCUGCUCCUUCUAUGACCAUGCGCUCCACCUCUGGGAGUGGGAGGGGAACUGAGCUGGAGCUCAUGAAGCCCCUUCCCACAGGAGGGAGACUGUGAGUGAAUGGCCAGGACCACCACGUCGGAGAUGCUUACUCUAGCCCUGCAGGUGACUGCACUGGUGGAAGUGACACGGUAGUCAGAAAAACUGUUGCCUUCUCUUAAAUAAACCUCUGCUGGGCCCCUGAAAAUGGAUGGGAUGAUUCUCUUUGGCAGUGACUGGGGAAGAGACUGGGUUCCCAGCUUGCAAAUUUACUAGUUUCUCAGGCAGAUUUUGACUGUCAGCCUUUUGUACUAGUUGAAGAAACUAUAUUAAAUGAAAUUUUUGGAAAAA